UCAUUGUGAAAGUAUUACUUGAAUCAUUUGUGAACCAGCCAUAAUAGACAUAUUUUAACGCGGCAUAAAAUGACGAAAGUGCGAGGGUAAAUGUGCAAGUAGAUAAACAGUACAUACGCUAGUCUUGCUGGACAGAGAAGACACGGAGGAGGAAACGUUUUAACACGUUUAUAAAACAGUCAAUAAAAUGUGCCGUAAUUAGGCUUUAAUUCCAUACAAACGAUUUAUACUUUGCUGAAAAUGCUAUAUUCCGGUAUUCCUUCGAAAGUAAUAGAAAGCAUGACUCAGCAAGAAUCGAUGCUACAAACAAGGUAGCAUCAUGGAGGCUGCUUCAGAGGAAGAAGCAUCUUGCCAAAACCUGCCUCCAUCUGACACUGAUCACACCACCGCAGGGAUGGUGUUCACUGAAGGGCGCAACGGCAUGAAUGAGCAGGAGGACAACGAAGAGGAAGAAGCAGCGCUUUUAACAGAAGACACAAGAGCUGACUUAAAACUCUUCAACAGAGAGAAACCGUUGUUUUCCAGCGGUGCCGAACAUACCGGAUCAUGCUUUCCCUUAAAACUAUGUGAUCUUGGUGGCGACAGUGUCCCCUACACCAUCAACAGAUACCUGAGGGAUUACCAAAGAGAAGGAAUAAGGUUCAUUUACAGUAAUUAUAUCCGUUCAAGAGGCUGUAUCCUUGGAGAUGACAUGGGUCUUGGAAAGACCGUACAGGUCAUUGGUUUCCUUGGAGCAGUGUUGCACAAGAAGGGAACUUGGGAGGACAUUGAGAACAACAAGCCCCACUUUCUGCAGAGUCAAACUCCAUCCAAGCAGAUGAAGCCAAGUAAAGUUUUCCUGAUUGUGGCCCCGCUGUCAGUGCUGUAUAACUGGAAAGAUGAACUGGACACCUGGGGCCACUUCCAGUAUGUGGUGGUCCACGGGCUGAGGAAACAGGAGGAGCUGGCUCGCAUUAAGAAGGGCCGCGUCGAGAUCGCUCUCACCACCUACGAGACACUUCGCUUAUGUUUGGAUCAAAUUAAUGACAUUGACUGGGCUGCUGUGUUUGUAGACGAAGCUCACAAGAUAAAGAAUCCAAAUUCUCAAAUCACUCAAGCCAUGAAGGGUCUGAAAUGCCAGGUCAGAAUUGGCCUCACUGGCACCAUCCUUCAGAACAACCUUGAGGAGCUGUGGUGUGUCAUGGACUGGGCGGUCCCUGGUUGUCUUGGCAGCUUAGGGCAUUUUAAGAACAAGAUGUCCGAUCCAAUUGAGCAAGGCCAAAGACACCGUGCAACCAAACGUGCCUUAGCGACAGCCAGGAAGACCAUCAGCGAGCUGGUCAGGAAGAUUGCCCACUGCUUCCUCAGAAGGACCAAAGCCCUGAUCAAGGACCAACUGCCCAAGAAGGACGACAGGGUGGUGUACUGCUCCUUGACAGACUUUCAGCGGACGGUGUAUCAAACUGUGCUGGACACUGAAGAUGUGCAAUUACUGCUGAGGUCUUCGGAGAAAUGUGACUGUCAAAGUGGAUACACUCGAAGGAGAUGCUGCUAUAAGACUAAUUUGGAGGGCGUGCCAACAAAGGGGCUGUACUUUUCCUACCUGACCAUAUUGAGGAAGGUCGCCAAUCAUGUUGCACUACUCCAAUCCACUGCAGGAACCAGCAAGAAGCAGGAAAAGUACGUGAGCGCCAUUUGUCAAAAGGUGUUCCAGAAGUUCCCAGACUUUGUGCGGCGGUGCAAGGAUGAAGCAUUUGCGGCCCUGUCCGACCCGGCGUACAGCGGCAAAAUGAAGGUUUUGCAGAAGCUGCUCAAAUAUUAUCUGCAAAAGCAAGACAAGGUGCUUCUUUUUUCACUCUCGACUAAGCUUCUGGAUGUUCUGGAGAGCUACUGCAUGGCCGAGGGGCUGGACUACAGUAGGUUGGACGGGACCACCAAAUCCAAGGAGCGAGUCCAGAUUGUCAAAGAGUUCAACAGUUCCCCUCACAUCAACAUCUGCCUGGUGUCUACAAUGGCGGGUGGUCUUGGACUUAACUUUGUCGGGGCCAAUGUUGUCAUAUUAUUUGACCCAACAUGGAACCCAGCUAAUGAUCUCCAGGCUGUUGACAGGGCUUAUCGCAUUGGCCAGUGCAGAGAUGUGACCGUCCUCAGACUCAUCUCACUGGGGACUGUGGAGGAAAUUACCUACCUCAGACAAAUCUACAAACAGCAAUUGCAGAGUUCUGUCGUCGGUAUCGAGAGUGCAAGGCGCUACUUUGAAGCUGUGCAAGGCCACGACAGCCAUAAGGGGGAGCUGUUUGGGAUCAAUAACCUCUUCAGGCUGCAGACCCAAGGGACAUGUCUCACUCGCAAGAUACUUGAGAGGGAAGAACAAGUGGAGGCGGGCAUCAUGUCGACCAGCACACACACAAGCGUGGAGGUGGAGGACAUGCCAAGAGUUAGCGACUCUGGAGAUGUAUCUAAGGAGAGCAUGGAUGCGUCCAGGAUUCCCAGAGGGGUGCUAGACUUUAGUAGCGGGAGUGAUGAGGAAGAGGCGGAGUGGGGAGGUCCUAGCAGAAAGGAUGACACACGGAGCAGGGAUCCCUCUGCUGGCCCUGGUCCAACCAGUCGUCUCCAGCACAGUUUGUCCAAACUUCUGCAAAGGCUCAAAGCAGUGCCGGAGUCAGCUGAAGGGGACAGUAGUUCAGGUGGUGAAGAGAACGACAGUUCAAACUCCAGCAUUGAUCGGAGCUCCAAUAUAGGGAAUGAAGGAUGUCUCCCUACACUAAAAUCAUGUAAGACAAAUUUAAAAGAAUGCGAUAGACACUCCCCAUUAGCCGAAAAGAAAUAUAAAAUGCCUGCCAUUGCCAAAUCACACCACUUUGGCCAGUAUUCCGAUGAGUCCGAUGAUUUGGACAUAGAGACGGUCACGAGGUCCGAGAGGGAUGCUCUGGACAGAGGAGGAGACAACAGGAAGAGACAUGUCAGCAUGAGGGACAGGAUCAGAGGGACAAGGUUCAGUGAGGACAUUGAGACCUUCACUUCUUCAGAGGACGAGCACACCGGAGGACGUGACAAAACAACUACACCUCCAGACAAAGCCCAAGCAAGGCCCUCAGUGCGUGGGCAAAUUGGAAGAAGCACCGGGAGACAAGUGGCCAUGUCUAAUGGUGUCCAAUUCACUCAUCUGAAAAGUCGAACAUCUGCAGCAUUUAAAGGAACAAUUGACACGGUUUUGGGUGGGGUGCAGGAGGUGGUGUACACCCACUCAAACCAGCGUGUGGUGGGUGGGAGCAAAGCUGAGGAGCUGAUCACCAGAGCUGCCUUGAGAGACGUCUUUGAACGCAAGAUGUACUCCCAACUCCCUGCAAAUGAAUUUCUCACCCUAUGUGAGGAAACAUUGCCGGCUAGCCCGGCAGACUGCCAGCCCCGCAUUGUUCCACCUCAGCAGCUUCCUGAGCCACACCGUGUUACCUUCACCAAGAAGAACAUACAACACACCAGUCAUACCACUUUCAUCCUCGGGGAGACCCCUUUGGCUGUGCGCAGGCAGCAGCUGCAGGAGAUGGCGUCCAAGUUAAAUUUUCUUUCAGCCCACCAGUUUGCUGCAGAGAUUCUCACCAGCGACUCAACGCAGAGACUAGCAUGGCUCCGAAGCUACUACACCGACAUGAACCACCCUGAAGUCGACACUUUCAUCACCAGCGACUUCCUGCCUGCUGACAUAACCCUACCUACAUCAGUGGGGCAUCAUCCACUUCCCACAAACUCUGCGGCCACAGCUUUGCAAAAGGCUGCAAGGUCUACAUCUAAUCAGACAUGUCCGGAGCCUGAGAAGAAGAGGAGGAAAUCGAAGAAGAAUGUGCAGGAGCCUCCAAGUGAUGUUCCAACUGUUGAUACCGAGCAGCAGGUGGAGGCGGUGUGCAGGUCAAGAGGUCACAGGCGGACAAAGAAAACCAGUGUGUCUGCUUGUGGAGCAUUCAGAGCUGUUGGUGGUCUUGGCGGAGAUCAGCACAGCACCAGCAGUGGUCUAGGAACUCUGGAGUCCGCUUCAAAAAUAAUUGAUCAUGCUGACGAGCAGACAGAACAUUCCCAAGAACGCACCACUUGUCGCAGGUCCAUCCUCACAGAUCUCCUAGCAGACACCUCCAUCCUUGAUGACUUGUUGAAACCCAAAUCUAGAGGCACACAACACAGAGGUUCCCCCCCAAAACCAUCACCUUCCUCAUCGUCCACAGGCCUGGCUGCUUCACCUCCACCCAGACAUACCAUGAACUCGACUCCACGUGACUCUCUUUCGUCUCAGCAGUCACGAGGCAACCGCAAAGACUUCUGGGACAUUCUGAAUGAGGGCAACGAAGAAAGCAUCAACAGGCUGACAGACCUGGAGGAGGUGCAGAGGGUUUGCGUCAAUACGACUAUUGCAGCCAGAGCUCAUUCUGCGGAGAAGGAGAGUAAAAGUCUCUGGAAGACCAACGACAAGUUUUUAUGGAAGAGAUGAUUUUUUAAAUUGGUUUUAGCUUUUUAGUACUAAAUUACACGUUAUUUUAUUUUUUAAUCAAUCUCGGGCUGAUUAAAGGUUGGGUCGCAGCCUAAGCAGGGAAGCGGAUCACCAGGCAUUCCCAGGCCAGUUGAGAGACACAGUCUCUCCAACGUGUCCUGGGUCUUCCCCAUCCUUUCCAGAUGCCCAAGCUCCCUCAUCUGGCUCCUCUCAAUAAGGAGGAGCAGCAGUUCUACUCUGAGUUUCUUCUGGAAGACAGUGGUAGAGCCACCCCGCGCAGAAAACUCUUUUCAGCCACCCUCCAAUUUUUUCCCAUCAAUUUUAAACCAUUUCUUUAUGUAUGUUUACAUAACAUCUUUUGAAUGAUUUUGACUGGAUUAAAUUGUAAUUGUGGUUCCCCCCCAUGUUGUCACUGUUGUAUGGUAUGAUGUCACAAACCCCUUUCACUUGCACCGUUGAAGCCAGAAUCGGUCCGCCUAUGAAUUUGUCUAUGCACAGUAUAUUGUCACUGUCAUACACUCACUCACAUCUCAACAAAUGUAAAAAAUGCGAAACUAAAAAUGGGAAAAAGGCAUUUAAUUGUGACAUUUUUGCUUUGAUCCAAAACAAGAAGUAAAAUCUUUGUUGUGUUCUUUUUUUUCCCAAGACAGAAGUAAAAAUGGAGAUACAUGUUUAUCAUUGCACAGUUUGCCAUUUAGGAAUAACUCAUAUACCGUAUGAGCUCCCUUUUUGGCCUCUGUUACUGUUAACUUGUACACAUGAUUUUCUUCAGACUUUAUUCAUAUGCCUUAAAAUUAAGGGUUUUAGCGCCAGAUGGAACUCCACAAUCAGUUUACACAGGUCCUGUUUUGCCUCUUUGUUGUUGUACCUUUUUGGGCUAUGGCUUUCUUCAGGCUUCUGGUUGGUUUAAACUGACUUCCAAUUAGUGGUUAUUGUGCCUCCUUUUGUUUUGAUAUACUUUUGUCAGCCUUUGAGUGUGUUUUCAUGUAUACUUGAUUAUUAUGUAAUGCCACAAAAAUGAAUAUUGGUGUAGUCAAGAUGCUGGUAGACUCCUAUCCAAAAACAGUUGUACAUUGUUUACAUACUUUUUUUUUUUCCAAAUCAAAGUUUGCAUGAAGCAGUGUUGUGUUCACUUGUCUAUCCAACCUGUUCCCUCAGAGUCUACAGGAUUUUUUACAGCGGGAUUUAACCUCCACAUUUAACCUCAGCUGCAGGUCAGCAUCACUGUUUCAACUUUCCGCACCUGAUUGUGAUGUCAAGUGGAUGAUUUGGCAAGAAAAGCCCACCAGCUGUGAGUAUUAUCCAUUACAGUAACUAGAUCCUGUGACCACCCCCACCACCUCCAGUAUGUUGGUGGCCCAGCAAAUCUUUGAAUGGUCCCACUGCAUUGAAACCAUAGUGUGCAAUCACUGUUUGUGUCUCCAAUGUUGUGUUUGUCCAGGUCAGGCCACGUCCAAAUGAGAAGAGCAUCCCCAAUGGUAAUGAAAUACAAAACCUUUUAAAAACACACACACUUCUCUCAGUUAUGUUUAACGACUAUCAGCUGCCACAGCGAGGUGAGCAGAUUUCCAGUUUGUUUUGCAGAAAUGAGAAAGCUCGAGAUAGCUAUCAAUAAACAAGAGCGGAGGUGCGUGCCUCAACAGGACACAUGGAAUAUCUUUCGUGUGCAUGGGUGGUAAGAUCUUUGCAACACACGCGUGCACACAUCCGUCACACCUGUUUACAUCGCAGCCAGAGGAGAAGAAAAGGCCCUUUCACGCUCUCCAACACCUCAACCUUUUCCCGCUUUUCUCUUCCACCCACAACUCUUGAUUUUUUAGAUCCCUAUCGCUCUUUUUGCAGCCAGAGCUUGAUAGAAGAGAGAUAGCUUGACUAAGUGACAGACACUAGCAUAUGGAGUAUGCAAGCCCACACUGGCUUGUCUCCUGCUACAGGCAACUGCAGUACAGUAGAACCUCUAAGGGCCUAUACUGAUUAAACUCUGAUUUGAAACACUUUUCCCCAAAGAAAAUAAUGGAAAUUGAAAUAUUUGUUUCCAUUUUCCGAGGUCAGACUGUCACCACCGUAAAAUCCUUCUUAACUGUACAAGCAAUGUUUUAAGUAACGGUCAUGCAUGUGUGUAAAGCAGUGGCUCUUUGGUAGCUGUGCCUUAACCCACUUAAUCCACAUCUUAAAUUACACAAACCAUCAAUAAUAAAACACAAUUGUCUGAACCUAAACGAGCAAUUAACAUUGAGGGUAUUUAUUGUUCCUACAAGAGUUGUCAGGCACUGUACACUAUAACAUCACCUGAAGCAGUUCAGGAUAAUAACAUGGGAAGAACAUCCAUCCAUUCGUUUUCUAUACCACUUACCCUCUUCAGGCGAGAGGCGGGGUACACCCUGGACUGGUCACCAGCCAAUCACAGGGCACAUAUAGACAAACAACCUUUCACACUCACAUUCAUACCUAUGGACAAUUUGGAGUCGCCAAUUAACCUAGCAUGUUUUUGGAAUGUGGGAGGAAACCGGAGUACCCGGAGAAAACCCACGCAUGCACGGGGAGAACAUGCAAACUCCACACUGAAUUGCCCAAGCGGAGAUUCGAACCCAGAUCUUCUCGAUCUCCUGACUGUGUGGCCAACAUGCUGGCUAACAUGCUAACCACUCGGUCAUCUAGCAAAAAUGUAAAACAAUGAAAUAAAUAACAAAAAUUACUCACCAGAGAUGUCAAUAUCUCCUCAUCUGUCAGCCAAUCAGAAGAUGGAUAAAUGCUGAUGUCACUGUGGUGAGUCAAGUCUGAAAUCUGAUUGAUUGAAGAAACAGCCUCAUUCCAAAUAGUGUUUAAGGGCCAUGGGCUAGCACUCCGGAUUUUGAAGGCCCUGGGCAGAUUACAUUGACUAGGCAACACAUAGGAGCUGAAAUCAUACCAGAAGCAGAGACAUCGAAAAUGAAAAUAAAAGACUGUUGAUACAAUUUUGAUGAAUGUAGUCAGUGCUUCUGCUGUUUAGGUGGAGGUGCAGUAGCCAUCUUGAAUGAUGUGGGAAACUGCUUCCAUUGUAACCGUGUUUCAUUGCAUUCCUUGCAGGAGGAUCCCCACAGCUGCAAAGCUUCAUUUCAAGGAACCGUGUUUUUCUGCGCCUAGUUCCUUCACCAUUAGUGUGACAAGGGAAAGCUUCUACGAGGUUCCUGUCCUCUGUCCCUUGCUGAGAGUGCAGGCCGUCCCUGACGAUGUACGGUUGGAAUUAUCUUCUUAGGUUUCAAAGACCUCCAUCCUUGAACAGAAUUAGUGUCAUUUCCCCUUCUCACGCGCAAACAAUCAUUAGCCUGUCUAUCUCCGAAUGCAGCACUAUGAGUGAUAGCCCCCUAAUUACUAUGUCACGUAAAUACUAAUCAGCAAGUUGGAAUAGUCAAAUAAUCACAAACCUUAUUUGCACAAAUGGCAACCUGCACUUUCAGAGAGGCCAUGCUUAGAUUGGGCGUGUGUUGUCCUUUGCUUACCUUUUCACAGUAGACGUACACGCAGAAAAAUAUAUAUAAUAUUUACUAAAAUACACUCUCCUGCGCUCUGUGUGUAUGAUAGCGGCCACACCUCUACCUACAGAGACAAAGAGACUGUAUUACUGACCGAAAGGGCUCACUCUGUUCAUGCCGUUGUUCUCAGGAACAAGUGUGCCAAGAUACUGAAACUAAUGCAGAGUGAACUCUCUUUUUGCCUGUUUUGAGGCAGGCUUGUCUCAAUUUUGCCAGAAAACAUCUCCAUGAUGGGCUGCACGAGUGGUUAGCACGCAGGCCUCACGGCUAGGAGACCCGAGUUCAUUCCCACCCUCGGCCAUCUCUGUGUGGAGUUUGCAUGUUCUCCCCGUGCAUGCGUGGGUUUUCUCCGGGUACUCCGGUUUCCUCCCACAUUCCAAAAACUUGCUAGGACUCCAAAUUGUCCAUAGGUAUGAAUGUGAGUGUGAAUGGUUGUUUGACGACCAGUCCAGGGUGUACCCCACUCUCGCCCGAAGACAGCUGGGAUAGGCUCCAGCACCCCCGCGACCCUUGUGAGGAUAAGCGGUGGAAAAUGAAUUAAUGAAUUAACACCUCCAUGAUCCGCAAGAUGUUUGCAGAAAUACUUUGUGGUCUGAUGAGACAGAAGUUCAUCUUUUUGGAAGGUGUGUAUCUCUUUAAAUCUUCUGUAAAAGUAAAGCCACUUUUCAGAAAAAGAAGAUCAUACCCACAGUAAAAUACAGUGGUGGUAGUGUGACGGUCUGUGGUUGCUCUGCUGCUUCAGGCCCUGGACUUAAUGACUUUAUGUGCAUGCUUGUCUGUUUUCCCGUCUCAAAACAGGCACAGUUCACUCCGCAUUGGUUUCAGCACUUUGGUGCGCUUGUUCCUUUGAACAACGGCAUGCAUGUGUAGAGACUGUAUGACUGACCAAAAGGGCUCACUCCGUUCAUGCCAUUGUUCCAUGACACACCGACCGUCUCUACUAUAUGAGGAAAUACAAUAUUUUAUAUAGUAUAAUAUUCAAUGCAAUAUACAGUCUUGGGGUAAAAUGCAUCAAAAUUGAAAAGCUUGUUUUGAUGCUUGUAGUGAUUGUAAUUUAAAUGAAUAAAAUAUUGUAUGUAUUGGGUGUCUUUAGAGGACUGUAGAGGACUUGAGUGUCUUUAGAGUGUCAUGACUCACAUUCACAUUCAUAUGUAGCUAUCUUUUCAUUACAGAGUGUGGUUAAAGGAGGAUUGUGUCAAUAACGGUGAGGUGAAUGAGUUCCUGGCUUUAAAAAAAGGUUGCUCAGUGGUCCUGACCUUGUCUCCUGGGUGGGCUUCUGCUGCUAUUGCUGCCGAGAUGGUGUCUGUGUGCUUGUGUUGGAUCAUCUCUGGACCAUUGUGUUUACUGAGACAACAAGCAAGGUGGGGUGAGGCGUGGGGUGAGGCGUCCUCCCCCCACUUCGACAAGCUAACACACGCACGCUCCGUCACUCGUGUCCUCAGACCUGACCACCCACAGUGCCUGUGGUCGUCCCCCUUGACACCAAAACAACCAAUUCCCACUUCUCGCCCCUUUUGUUUGUUGCAUUUGUGCUAAAUUGUCCCCCUGUUCAAGGUUCAGUGAGUGGAGAAAAGCCCUCCCUUAUCGUCAAACACGCCAACUGCUCUUACUAUGAUCAAAGUCAUAUUCAGAGUGAUGAGAGCAGGCUUUGAAACGUAGAAAAUUUAAAGUCUCUGCAGCACCAAACCUGCACCUGAGGCGAGGAAAGUCCCCGUGUUCUUGUAUCAGUGCAGUUAACAACUUUUGAUUACAGCCCCACAUCACAUAAAACACAAGUGUAAUAAAUGGAGCACACCUGGAAAUUCCCUCAAGUGGGGAAAGUGUCACAUUUAGGGGUGUCAUAUAGGACAUAUACUGAAAAAGGACAGGAUGCAAGGGCCACUUCCAUCUUUCGUCAACCAACAUGUAGAUCUAUAUGUUAUACAGUGGUGUGAAAAAGUGUUUGCCCCCUUCUGGAUUUCUGUUUUUUCUCACACUUAAACGUUUAAAAUCAUUCAUUUGUGACAACGCAAAUUUUAAUUAUAAGUUUUAUUAUCAAAGGGGAUAAAACAUCCAA